GUGCAGCGCCCGGGGAGCAGUGGGGGUUAGGUACCUUGCUCAAGGGUACCUCAGCCAUGGACACCGGGACGGGGAAUCGAACCAGCGAUCCACCGGUUACGGGUCCGACACCCUAACCGCUGUCGGUAACUGACGUUACCCUUGCUAUUAAGUAAAGAUGUCGAAGAGAACACAGCCACGCUUCAUCGCAGCUGGCAACGCGACAGCACAGUCGGCUGUUUAGUCAGUUAACAUGUGGGCUACCGUUACACCAAGUUACUUGGAUAAAGUUACAUGGUCAGUAAUGAAUUCUGGCUAUGCUAGCUGGUUAGGUCAGGAAGAGCGCUAGGUAGCUAACAAGCUAACAGUGGCUCCUACGUAAGGUUAACCUCGCAUUAACGUCAAGUUAUGCGAGAAGUUCGACCGAAAGGAUUUCGUUGUCUCACACAGUUCUUUUUUUGUUUUUUUUACCAGAAACGCACGUCUCAUAAAAAUCCACUCAGCCCCACUCAGACUAGCUUGACUAACUUAUCGGCGCGGCGAGCUAAUUUCGCACCCAGUGUAAACCCACAUGGUAUUUUGCUGGAAGACGAAAAUACAUCAAAAUGUAAAGCCAUCGUAGAAAAGCAACCAGAGUUUGCUCACUAUCUGGUCUGUUCGACAAGGUUAUAUAGCAGCUAUAUGCUACGUUAGCACAACAACCAACCCCCAUCAGUACAGGGUAUCUGGCUAACAAGCUAACACUGCUUGAACUUACCUCGCAGGACUGAAACCAACAGCAACUGCCAGCAAGAAUUUGACACACCGGUGUAGCAGUAGUGAUGGGACGAGCGACACUGGUGCGUCAGCACUGUGCCGACUGCACAAGUGUGAAACCCCGUAUCGGUGCGUGGAGAGUUAACUGUUUAUUGUGCCUUUUGGAGUUUUUGCAUUGCUUCUACUCAUGGACCGUUCUAGGAAAUUUUCCCAAGUCUGGAAUAAUUUUGAUCUUUUGACGCCGAAUAAGGUGAAGUGUCGGCUCUGCUCAACUGAAUUGUCUUACAUCAAUAAGAGCACGUCAUCAAUGCUGAGGCAUCAUAGAGCUCGGCAUGGCAAUGAAGAGUCGGCAGACACUCCUGCUGUGAGUACCCCAGUUCCUAACAAGCAAGCGUUGGAUGAGGCUGUGGUCAACAUGAUCAUUAAAGACUGUCAGCCAUUCACCCUUGUCGAAAAUGAGGGAUUCAGGGCGCUCAUGCAGCUUGUUGCACCCUCAUAUGUUCUACCAAGCAGGAAGACCGUCAAGGACUUGGUGGACCAGAAAUAUGAGGAGGAAAAGGAGAAAACAAAAAAGGACCUCCAGAGUGCCAUUGCUGUGACUUUAACAGCUGACAUGUGGACCUCGAUUAAUAUGGAGGCUUAUCUUGCUGUUACUUGCCACUAUGUGGACCAAGACAGCCAUGAAUUGCAUACAUCAGUCUUGGGAGUGCAGCAUUUCUCACAGAAACACACUGCAGAUAACUUGGCCAUGGUUAAAAGGAGCCUUAUGGAGGAGUGGGGCAUAGCAAGCAAGGUCAGGUGUCUUGUCACUGAUGCAGCAGCAAAUAUGAUUUCAUGUGCUCGCAUACUGCAAAUACGGCAAACUAUUUGUAUUGCCCAUUCAAUCAAUUUAAUUGUAAAAAAGUCAUGUGAUCCCAUUAUAACACUGACAGAUAUAUGCAACAAAACACGGCAAAUUGUGACAUACUUAAGAUCAAGCACCACGGCCAAAGAAAAGCUUGCUCAAAUACAGCAACAGCUGGGAACACCAGUGCAUAAAUUAAUAAACGAGGUGCCAACAAGAUGGAACAGCACCUACCACAUGCUGGAGAGAAUGACUGAGCAGAAGGAGGCAGUCUGGGUGUCUUUGGCCUCACUGAGACAUGAUAUUACGCCACUGACUCCUGAAGAAUUUGAUUUAAUUGAAGAGAUGCUCAGGGUGCUCUCUCCAUUUGAACAAGCGACAAGAGAAUUAUCUGAGGAAAAAAGAGUCUCGGGGUCCAAGGUUAUUCCACUGAUCAGAAAGAUCCACAUUGAGCUUCGACAUCAAGCCUCAACGCUAACAAAACCAGCUGCUUAAGAACUGGCAGAAAAUCUUAAAAAGAGGCUAACUGAAUCCAUCUGCAACAUGGAAUCACUCAGUGUGAUGACACUGGCAACACUCUUGGACCCCAAGUUCAAAACAGUCGGGUUCUUUAGUCCACUAAAAGCAACAGAAGCUGUAAAGAGACUGAAAUCGGAGUGUGCCGCUGAAAUGAGGAGCCAUGAGCCUGACCCAGCGGAAGAACUGAGUGCUGCACAUGGAUCAGAACCCAGUUCAGGGCACAAUCUCUGGAGACCUCUUGACAUGGAAGUUCAGGAGAAUAGGAUGAACUGCAAUUCUACAGCAGAUUCCAUUGUUGAAGUACAACGCUACUUGGCGGAAGGAAACACACCCAGAACGCAAGACCCAUUACAAUACUGGAAGAACAACCGGAAAACAUAUCCACACUUAUAUCUACUAGCUCCCAAAUAUCUGUGCACACCAUCUUCAUCAGUUCCCUGUGAACGUGUGUUUUCGAAGGCUGGGGAACUGGUGUCUAAGAGGAGAAAUCGCCUAGGAGCAAAGACCCUUCAAAAACUUUUAUUCCUCAAUAACAAUGUAUGAAUUAAUCCAUUUUCAGUGUGUUAUUUCAUAUGAUUGAACACUUUGGUUAACAAAAUUCCAUACAUAAGCUAAACAUUAUAAUUCUCAAUUUUAUUACAGAUACAUUUGCUAUAUUUUACAUAUUAUUAUAUUAUUAUUUCAAGGCUAAUGUUGGGUUAACAGCAUGCAAUUUUUUUUUCCACCUUUUCACUUUGUUUACCUGCAAUGAUUUUUUUUAUCUACAGCAGAGGUCACUAUUGAGUGACCAACACAGUGUCAAUACAGUGUCAACACAGUUUGUGUAAUGUGUCAAUACACUCCUUGAGGUAUCAUUAUCCCAUCACUACAGCGAGCUGUUACUUGUGUGUUCACCGGGCCGUGACAAAAAAGUGAAGUUCUAAAAAGUGGUCGCAAAUAAAAUUGACCGUAGUGGCUACGUCGCUAACAACAGUGUAUGUAUGGAGCGGUGUUCCUUGAACAUAGAGGCGUGUCUAACAUGAAGGCGGGCUAGUCUCCUCCCAGUCCAAACUAGGAUUGGUCAGAUCUCCAGAAUGAAAACAAAUACAUCGAGGGCAUCGAGCCAGUAACUUUAGUUGGUUACUGUAUAGUCAUGUCCAGUGCAAGUUUAUCUGCACUGCCGUCUCGUUGUUUGCCUGUGGUACAUUAUGUGUAGCUGCUCAUAGAAAUGUUGACAGAUAUGGAUUUGCAAUCUUCUUUGUCACUAUAGGAUAACUUUGUAAAAUGUUUACAUAAUGAACUAAAGGAUAUGACAGGUCUCACACUACAAGUGCAGCAGGAUUGUCAAUUGAAGCAUACAUAUACUGCAACUUUUCUCUGAAUAUCAUACAGACGUGACAGUAAAACUUUGAACUUUGAGAGUGAUUCAGCCAUUUAGCAAUAUCAUCUGGGAUGUGAGCAUGAGAAGUAAAUUUGCCAGACCCCAAAUAAAAUGUAUUCAAAUCAUUCUACACCUCUAAGAAUUACAACAUUACAUUACAAUUCACGGCAAGCAGACAUCUCGAUUAAAUAAACCAUAUACAACCUCUAAAAUAAAAACAGAAUGCAAUGGUUUGCACAUCCUUUUCAUCCUGAAUUCAAUUGAAUAAAAAUACAAAGGCAAGUCAUUUAAUGUCCCAGUUGAUAAAACUUGAAUUGUUGUUUGUGUUAUUGUAAAUGUACACUGAAUUUGAUGCCUUCAACUUGUGUCAUGUGUUUCCAAACACAAAAGUGAUGUUACUCAGCAGUAAACAUGCUCACCGUACCAGCUUUUUUGCUAUGUGUCGCAGACAUCAGAAAUCUUGUCUUUCUCAAUUGAAUAUAGGUUAAAAAGAACUUGCAAAUCCUUUGCACCCUAUUUAUUUUUAUAUUCUACACUGCAUUGAAAAGUUUUUGGAAUAGGCGUUAUACUGCACAGACAGAAAAGAUGCUGACAGGUUUUCCAUGAGCAUGGGGAAAAAGCCGGCAGGUUGUUGGCUCACCAGUUAAGGCCAGCUAAGAUAUGUAGAAACAGUCUCUCAAUCAAAUUCAUUUGCACUGUUUACCUCACCCACUUGCACUAUACUCCACCCUGCACUACCUCACUUUUGGACUACCUCCAGAAAC